GCGUGUAUUUUUUAUUUCUCUGUAAUUUUGGUUUUAAAAAACGCGAAAAGUGUUAUUGUUUCUAGUAAAUUAUUUUCUAAUUUUGUGUCCACCAUCUUGAUUAUUCAUUGAGGAUCAAAGUGAUACCAGUAUAAAUCUUUUUUGUAUAGGGUUUUGAUAAUCAAAUCAAAAUGUAUCCUGCAAGGCACAGUGGACCACCUCAAGCUGGGCAAGGACGUUUCUCCAUUACUGAUACACUUGAACGGAUUAAAGAGGAAUUUAGUUAUCUUCAAAGUCAAUAUCAUAAUUUAAGGAUGGAAUUGGAUAAAUUAGCUACCGAUAAGAAUGAGAUGCAACGUCAUUAUGUAAUGUAUUAUGAAAUGUCAUAUGGUCUUAAUGUUGAGAUGCACAAGCAAACCGAGAUAGCCAAACGUUUGAAUACCCUUAUAGCUCAGAUAAUGCCUUACCUGCCAGCUGACCAUCAACCACAAGUUGCACAAGCGGUAGAAAGAGCUAAACAAGUUACCAUGUCAGAAUUAAAUGCAAUUAUUGGUCAACAACAUACAGGUAUGACACAUUUAAUGCAACAAAUUCAUGCCCAACAGUUGCCUACAGCAGCAGCCGCUGUUGCUGCUGCGGCUGCUGCAGGGCAUCCACAUGGACCGGGAAUGCCGAUGAUGCCUCAUCCAUCUUUACCUGCACCACCACCGCCUGGUUUACCAGGAAAUUCAGCAGCAGGUCUGUUGGCUUUAUCAGCAAAUGCUUCUGCCGCUGCAUCAUCAAACAAUGCUGUGACCUUGUCAUCUAUCUCCACGGCUUCAUCACCAGUAUCGAAAGAUUCAGCCUCAGCAAGGGAACUUAAUGAUGUUAAACGAAACCAUUUAGAAGAUAGGCAACGUAAUAAUUUUUCACCACAUGUUGGUUUAGAUCGUAAUCGUCAUCUAAGUCGAUCACCCGAUCAGGAUAAACACAAGAGAAGAAAAGAUACUGUGAGUUGUGACAGUGAUGGUGAAAAAAGUGACCAAGAAUUGGUUGUAGAUGUUGCCAACGAUGAACCUUUAGGACCUUCUAAUGGUAAUGCCAACUCACCCAGAGAGAAUGGUCAAGAUAAAUCAAUUAAGAAAGAACCAUCAUCUCACAGUCCUCAUUCCAGUAUCUCAUCAAAUUCAAAUACUCCAUCAGCUAAACAUAAGGAAAACGAAAAGUCAACCACACCGCUUCCAAAAGCAGCAACACCUAAUAGCUCGGGAGCCUCCACACCCGGAGUCAGUGGAUUAAAGUCAAUGCCCAAAGGUCCACCAUUAGGUCCACCCUAUCCAUAUCCUUUACACUCUGCACCUCCUGGAGCAGGAGGUCAUCUUGCCACUGAUUUAACUACCGGUGCAAUUGCCGCUGCUUUUCCACCAGGUAUGCUUCAUAAUAACAUUUCUCCUGCUCUUAAUUCAUACUCACGAGGUCUUGUAGCGGGAUAUGAUCCUCACCCGAACAUGAGAGCCCCCGGAUUCGCUGGUCUACCUGGAAAAUCAGCUUGUUCAUUACAUAUAGGUCCUGAUGGAACAUCACAACCUGUACAUAUUCCACUUGAUGCGACAAAUGCUAUUGGUAUUCCUCGACAAGCAAGGCCAGUUGACACUCUUAAUCAUGGUGAGGUUGUUUGUGCCGUUACCAUAAGUCAGAACAAUAAAUAUGUGUACACAGGAGGAAAAGGUUGUGUAAAAGUUUGGGACAUUAGUUCUCGUGGGACAAAACAACCAAUGCACACUCUUGAGUGUUUGCAACGUGAAAAUUACAUUAGAUCUUGUAAAUUAUUACCCGAUGGAAGAACACUGAUUGUUGGAGGUGAAGCUUCUACCAUCUCUAUUUGGGAUUUGACAGGAGCACCAAGAAUUAAGAACGAGUUACCUUCAACAGCACCAGCCUGUUAUGCCUUGGCUAUUAGUCCAGAUUCAAAAUUAUGUUUCAGUUGUUGUAGUGAUGGUAACAUUGCUGUAUGGGAUCUUCAUAAUAAUUCAUUAGUCCGCCAAUUUCAAGGUCACACUGACGGAGCUUCUUGCAUUGAUAUUAGUAAUGAUGGUAAUAAAUUGUGGACUGGAGGCUUGGAUAAUACAGUUCGAUCUUGGGAUCUUCUAGAAGGUCGUCAAUUACAUCAGCAUGAUUUUAGUUCACAAAUAUUUUCUCUUGGAUACUGUCCAACAGGCGAAUGGCUCGCAGUAGGUAUGGAAAGUAGUAGCGUUGAAGUCCUUCACACCUCCAAACCUGACAAAUAUCAAUUACACCUCCAUGAAAGUUGUGUAUUGUCACUUAAAUUUGCUAAUUGUGGUAAAUGGUUUGUUAGCACUGGCAAAGAUAACUUACUCAAUGCUUGGCGAACACCUUAUGGAGCCAGUAUCUUCACGGUUAAAGAAACGUCAUCUGUGUUAAGUUGUGACAUAUCCUCUGAUGACAAGUACAUAGUUACCGGUUCUGGAGACAAAAAGGCCACAGUUUACGAGUUGAAAGAAAAAUUGUACAGGCGCCGUACAAGAGAUGGUCGGAAAGUCCAUAGAACCACUUUGUAUAUACCAUCACCGAUGUACCCUGAAUAGAAAGAAACAUGGUAGAGAUUGUUACAUUUCUCUUGUCACAAAGUCAAACCAAUAGAAAAGAGAAGAUGAAAAACGAGAAGCUAAACUGAAACAACUAAUAGAUAUGAGAAAAAUAGAUUUAGGAUUAAUCUUCCUAAUCCACAAAAUCCCCUUAAACUGCAAUAUUCACCUUCAUUUUUUCAUUUUCCUUUCCCAUAAAACCUUCCAGUCUCAGUUCAAACCUCAUCUUCGACCCUUUACAUCAUGUAUUUUACUCUUCUCUCCCGAAUUUCUCUCUCCUUCUUUGUCCUCAUCAUCUCUAAUUUGCUUUAAGUACGUGAUCAUCAAAAAAGAAUCAACAAAGUUUCCUAAAAAAAUGACCCAAUGAAAGAAACCAACAUGUCAAAGGUCAACAACCAAAAUUGUAAAUUUUUAACCCCAAAGCCGAGGCUUUAUUGGUCUAUGGAUUCGGGCACCUUUCGUUUGACGUAAACCCUCAAGAAGCGAAUUAAUUGUAAUAAAGUCGUUCUCAUCUUCUCCCACUUCGCCAAGGAACAACCACCAUGUAUCUUGUCACCCACAACAAUUAACGGACUAAACAAUUACUUGACAAGAUUAACUUCUUGAAAAACAUCAACCAAAAAAGAUGGUUAAAUAGUCCAAACUACUAUUUCAUGAUAAUUUUGUGAUUUCUUAGAAUCAACAAUUUUUUUCUUUCCUCCAUCUUCAUCUUCAUCUCCUCUCCAUCCUUUUCUCCCUCUCUUUGCUCUUUCUUCCUCAUCAUCCUUCAUCAUUUUCCUCUGUAACAAAAAAGAAAACAUUUUUCUCUAGUUUGAUUUUCUCAGCAUUUGGAAAACCAAAACAAACCAAUUACAAAAAGCUACAAAUUGACAAAUGAGAAAAAAAUCCAAUAACAAUUAACAGAAUAUGUUACAAAAUUA